AUGGAAUACGAAAAGCUUCCCGAUGCGGGACCUUGGAACAUCUGGAGAACAGGCAAACUUCACAGCGAAAAGGCAAACAUGGAUGCAGAUGUUACAGAUAAGCGAAAUCUUCCUCCAGUUCUGCUAUACAGCGAGUAUAAUGUAGCUCAUAGUGGUCUCAGCAAAGGAAAAUAUUUAAUAUUGGACCCUUCUGGAAAUGCGACCAGCAGCCAGUUUUCGAUUGGAUUCAGAAUUAGAGUAUCAAAAAAAACCAACCAGGAGAUGUUGGUAGUCUUCACAGGCUUUGUCAGUAAGACUAUGACAGAGGAUCGUCUCUUGGUGGAUGAUGAGACGUUCUCGAGAUCGAAGAAGUAUUUCUGGGCCAUUUCUAUUCUCAAAGAAUUGCAUGUGAGGAUUUCAAAAAACGUUGAAGAGACAGAAAGGGUUAUGGAGGACCCAAGGAUUCGGAGUGGGACGGCGAGCACGUCUCUCGGUCUCAAUUGUGAAGAUAUACGAAAGAAGCUCAAGGCGCUACAGGAUAUAGCCAAUAGAUUAUCGGAUGAAAGAGAAGAAGCAUUAGCUCUGCGCGAUGGGUUAUUCAAUGCCAGCGGAGUCAUGGAAAGCCAAGCAUCCACCCAAUUAGGAGAGAACAUAAAGUUACUCACCUUCGUCAGCAUAUUCUUUCUGUCGCUGUCUUUUAGCAUAGUACAGUCGAUUCUCCACCCACUUGAGAACUUUAAUCGCUUUAACAACCUAUGCUACGGUCUUCAAUCUCGACAAUUUGAUGUUCCUGUGCCGAGUGUGGCACCGGAAGCUGACGAGCCGGUUUAUCACGCAAAUGAAAGGCGCAAAUGA